AUGAUUCUCCUUGGUUGUCUCUCUUUUACCCGUCUUUGGCUGCCUUCUUUGCUUUCCCCCACAAAAUCCUCCCGGCACUACACAAAAUUCCCCUAUCUGUUUGCACGCAUGCAUUGUGAUUCUUCAAUGUCUCUCAUGCCCUGUCACUCUUUCCAACCCGCUACUUAGUCUCAAGUAUUCUUAAUCAAGCUUUUGCAUGUACGCCAAUCA